GGAAAACAUUUUCCAGGUACAAAUACACUGGAAUAGACCGGCAGAGAUGUCCUCUACAUGUCUGAAGUCUCAGAGACUGACAGGUGGUGUGUCCAGGCCGUCAUCCACCGUGAGGUCCCCCGGAGUCCUGCCCGGUCGGUUUGCCAAGAGGAACGAAAACUUCAUAGAAAGGAUGCCACCGGAAGUCCUCCUGAAGAUUCUCUCCUGGUUAGAUGCAGGCUCUCUCUUCUGUGUCGGCCUUGUCAACAAGCGUUUCCAGGAACUGGCCAGCAACAAUGCUUUGUGGUAUCAGCUGUAUACCUGCCAACAAGCUAAAAACAAGAGACCCACACUAGUCGGUGGUGUGACAGAUGGUAUGGGAAUGACUCACAUAGAGGAAAAGCCUAAGGGAUACUGGAGAAGACUGCUCUUCAAAGAUCUGACCGGCCACAGUGAAAAAUGGAGGAAGAAACUUAAAGCCAUUAAUUACUACACAGGCCUGCCAAACCAGUCAGAGCAAGUGCUUAGGACUCUCCCUGUUGCGUGGGAGAUCAAAGUGACUGAGGCCACCGGGCGAGAGAGCUCCUUCGAGCAGACAGGCAUUUACUACGCUGACACGUCCGUCACAGUGAGCUGGAGUGCGGUCCGCUGGCCGCGGAUUGACCGGAUCGCUUCACUACAGCUGCAUGGGGUGAUGCGGGUACCCCUUACCUGUCCACGCACAUACAGGCCAGGCUGGAGGUCACUGCUAGCUACGGUGGCAUUAAACAAGUGUGCUGGGCAGGUUUAUGCUUCAGAUAGACUUGUCGAGCUGCUGUUUCUGGAUCAGGGUGUGACAGUAGGUGUUUGGCAGGAGCCACGUGAAAUUGCCUUCAUCAUGGUGAACUUGCACUAUCACAGGCUGGUAGAGCGGAGUCUCCUGGGUUCAUCCACUGCCCCGUAUCAUCCAGAUGAGGACAAGGCCCCUUCUGACGAUGUGGACCCGGAGUACGGUCUCCAUGGAUACACUUUGCAUAUUGAGAUGCACAACACAGUGAAGAAAAUCGCUUCAGCACGCUUUGACCAGCUUUUCUGCAGGAAAGAUCAGAUUGUUAAUGGUUACGUGCAGCUGAGCGUUAUCAGUCGAGGAAGCAGAUGGAAGCAUGUUCCUGUGUCUGGAAGCAUCAGUCUGCCCUGGAUGACUGAGGCCUUACGGGGACGUCUAGAGGGUUGUUGCAUGAUGGCCCUCACUGUCCUUGAUGAAAUCCAGACACCCUUCUGGUGCUUCAGUGGGCCUGUGUCCAUGACCGAGUCAAACCAGACGGACGUGUCCUAUGACUACAGAGGAAAGAGCUACUUUAUCCAGCGUUGGGACUCAGAAGGGAAGGUGGAGAUAGAACUGCAGUGGGUGGAAGAGGAGAAACAGUAUUUCAUGGUUAAUCUACUCAUUUUCCUCCCCGUUAGCAAAGUAAACAAGCACUUUGGGAGGGAUUAUUGAGACCUUUGUGAACAUUUCAGUUUGUUUACAUAUCAGUUCCAGACAGUCUCUCUGUGUUAUAUGCUGUCUGUGUUCAAUGUUUCUGGGGUUUUUUUUUUUCUUUUGUGAAGUUAAACUUUAAACUGAAUUCCUGCUUUAGUGAGUUUUGCAUUCAGAGUCGUGUCAUUGUGAAGUGAAUCUGAUGGGUUGCUCUCGGUAUGAACUGAGAAUGUCUCACCGAUGACAGUAAUGCUUACCUUCUCAUGUGUGUAUGUCUCAUAUCUGUAUGAUGGUUGUAUAUAUCUGUAUAUCUUGUAUCUAACGGUUUUGUAUGUCUGUAUAUUUCGUAUCUGUGUAAUGGUUGUAGUUUGAACAUUUCCUCUGCCAUUUGAAAAUAGGAAAGAAAAGAUUUUUUUUCAGUCCUAUUUUGAUAUAAAUAGAACAUGUCACUGUUAUUUUUAUAUUUCAUGUAAUUUUCUACAUGUUGAGGCUUACUGGGAGCUUUUAAUAGAAAAUGUUUUAAUUUUGCUUGUGAGAAUAAAAUCAGCAAGUUAUCCUA